GUCCCCGCCGAGCUCUCGGCGCGGCUCGCGGACUACCAGCGCGAGGGCGUGCGCUGGAUGCUCGAGAAGCUGUCGGGUCCGUCGGGCGCUUGCGUCCUCGCCGACGAGCCCGGCUUGGGCAAGACGGUCCAGGCCAUCGCGACGAUCGUC